AUGCCUCUGGACACAUCAUCAUACACGCUUGCGCAUCUGCGCCUGGACGGAAGGAGAUGGAACGAAUUGCGACGAUGCCAUGGACAGAUGUCGACACAGGCGGCGGCCGAUGGAUCCAGCUACCUUGAGAUGGGCAACACAAAGGUCAUUUGCACAGUCACUGGUCCUACGGAAUCACGUCGCAUAGGAGGAACCGGCAAUGCCGAAGCAAAGAUCGAGGUCGAGAUCGGUCUGGCUGGCUUCAGUGGUGUCGAGCGCAAGAGACGUGGAAGAGGUGACAAGCGCACAAGUGAGAUGCAACAUACAAUCGCCUCGGCCUUUGCAGACACCCUGUCGACACAACUAUAUCCUCACAGCACAAUCAACAUCAAUCUGCACAUCCUAUCCCAGGACGGCUCCUUGCUAGCUGCCUGCAUCAAUGCCUCUACUCUUGCCCUGAUCGACGCCGGUAUCCCCAUGACCGACUACAUCUCAGCCUGUACAGCUGGUAGCACCGCCUCAUACGCUUCCAAUGACGAACAAGCCGACCCUCUGCUCGAUCUGAACGGCAUGGAAGAGCAAGAACUGCCUUUCCUGACUGUUGCAACUCUGGGCACCGAUGACAAGAUCAGCGUCCUCAUGAUGGAGACCAGAGUACAGCUCGCUCGUCUCGAAGCCAUGAUUGCCGUCGGCGUCGACGGCUGCAAGCAAAUCAGAAACACUCUUGAUGGCAUUGUCCGCCAGCACGGCAAUUCUUUGUUGCAGAAGACCGUUACUUGA